GUACAUCUUCAUGUCCUUAGCUGCAGCCUUUCUGCCGCGUAAAUAGCACCGAAGCUUGUUGUGUCAAAGCUGGAUAGCUGCCUCUCGUGGGAUUACUUACGCCUAUGUUUGUCUCCCCCCUUCAAUCUGUACUAUCUUGUCCAUCCCGUCGCUUCUGACAGGUUGUCAUCUGGCCCUGGCCUGCCUGCUCUCGUUCUUUCUCUCCGUUUACAGUAAUGGAGUCAGCGCACCCCCUCCACUGUUUUGAUGUUUAGAAGCAUAGAGGCCUAAGUGUCUCCAAGUUACAUGUGGCCUCACUGCGAAUAUGUCUUUGUUUGGCGAGAACGGGGACCACACCUGUGAAUUUGUUUCCUUUUUGGUGGAUCGACUUUGAGCGCUGGUUUCACAGUCAGAUCUGUUCAUCCGUUACACUGAUGCGCUGAGUCGAAUCCGGUCUUUAGCUUCAGUGGAAGUCAAAAGUCGUUCUGUCGCGCGUCUCUGGCGGUAGGUCGAUUUUGGCACUGAUUCAAGAUGGAGAGACAACAGUAUACGACCUCUCUGGCCCAGAGAUUCUCGGGCCAGACCUACUUGGGCUCUAAAAUUGUUCCGAGGAGGAGCCUUGCCGUCCCCGAGAUCAACAACUAUGGAGCUUUCCGCCCCGGAGUUCUCCCGAGGACUUCAAUGUACAACCCUCUGUGCCCAAUCGAUUUGAGCAAGGGGCCGAACAUGGCCCCCAGCGUCUCCAGCAGCGUGUUCGUACCGGCACCAGCUGAGAAGGGAGUCGCAGGAUUCAUGAUCGACUUUAUGAUGGGAGGUGUGUCGGCAGCAGUGUCGAAGACGGCCGCCGCUCCCAUCGAGCGAGUGAAGCUUUUGAUCCAGAACCAGGACGAGAUGUUGAAGAGUGGACGCCUGUCGGAGCCCUACAAGGGAAUCGGCGAGUGCUUCAGCCGAACCAUCAAGGACGAGGGAGUGAUCGCGUUGUGGCGUGGAAACUUGGCGAACGUUCUGCGAUACUUCCCCACGCAGGCGUUGAACUUUGCGUUCAAGGAUUACUUCAAGAAGUUGUUCGGAUACAAGAAGGACAAGGACGGAUACUGGGUGUGGUUUGCCGGAAACCUUGCAUCAGGAGGUGCCGCCGGUGCUUCAUCAUUGUUUUUCGUGUACUCUUUGGAUUACGCGCGAACCCGUCUAGCUAACGACGCAAAGUCGUCGAAGAAGGGAGGAGGCGACAGGCAAUUCAACGGGCUUUUGGACGUUUACAGGAAGACACUGGCCAGUGACGGUAUCGCGGGACUUUACAGAGGAUUCAACAUCUCGUGCGUGGGUAUCAUCGUGUACCGUGGAUUGUACUUCGGAAUGUACGACUCCCUGAAGCCAGUGCUGUUGACUGGAAACCUGGAGGGUAACUUCUUCGCUUCAUUCAUGCUCGGAUGGGGAAUCACCAUCGGAGCGGGUCUUGCUUCAUACCCCAUCGAUACCGUCCGACGUAGGAUGAUGAUGACCUCCGGUGAGGCCACGAAAUACUCGAGCUCUGGAGCUGCAUUCAGGGAGAUCAUCGCUAAGGAAGGAACCAAGUCGCUGUUCAAGGGCGCUGGUGCUAACAUCUUGCGUGCUGUGGCUGGUGCUGGAGUGUUGUCUGGUUACGAUCAGCUUCAGAUGUUGUUUUUGGGCAAGAAAUACUCCGGCGGCGGUGGUUAAGUGUAGUUAGUUAUGGAGUAAUCUGACAAUGACGAUAUUUUUUAACAAUUGUUCAAUUUUGCCAAUCAAAUCAAGAGCCUUGUCAUAAUAGAGGAAUCCUUGAAACAUACUUGAGACGCACUGGAUGGAGAUGGUCAUCUCUUGAAUUAUAUACCUGUUAUAGAUGUUUGUCAUGGGACGCUUUGCAGUGUUAUCUGUGUGAACUGGAUAGGACACGUUUUCAUCAUUAUUUCGCAAAUGACCUGUAUAAGUUCGAAGGUCCCAGGCAUCUCUCCCAAGCUCAGAUCUUGUCUAGUUAAUGUGUGUUACUCAUGAGCUUUUUUUAUCCAAUGCAGUUCAUUUACGUUUAUCUAGGCAGGGGAUCGAAUUUAUUCAUGUGUCACGUCUAACUCAAUCGAGUUAUAAGUUUAAUUUUCUCACCAACCGUUUGUUGAAUAUCAUGCGGAGAGUUCCUCGUUUUGAACAAAUCUACAAUGUCCACCUCUUUAAGUGAUAAUGGGAUCUGUUGAGGAACUUCAGAAGAUUUAAAGCUCCAGACAGAUUCGUAGCGGAGACGGUGGUUGGUGGUUGGUGGAAUUUGUGAAAUUAUUAGUACGCUCAAGUGUCUUUCG